CUGCCUCUUGCUCCGGUCCUCACGCCUGCAUUCGGCGUCGCUGGUGCCAUCCUUAUCAUCACUGGAUCAGCAUUCUGCUUCGUUGGCAAAAACAGCCAAUCGUUCGUUUGUUCACCACUUGACCAUUCGCUGACUUGGCAACAGGUGCUUGUCCUCGAGACCGCGAAUCUGCCGGUGUCCCAUGGAAUUCAGGGCGCAUAUCUAGUGGCUAUCGUCUUGCCAGCUCUCAUCCUCGGUGCUGUCGUCUCACUGCUUUCCGCUGACAGUGCCGAAUGGUUCGGCGGAUUUAUAGGAGGGUUCUGCAUCGCUAUGUGGUUCGAAUUGCUACGAUCUGGAGGCCUCAUACAAUCUCAGCUGGUCGCGAUAUGGAUUGUGCUCGCCUCUCUCGUUGGUUGCGCAUGCACAUUCGGGGCCACAUUCGGGGCAAAAAAAAGUUGGCCUCAUGCCGUAUCUUCAGCAUUUGCUGGAGCAACCGCAAUUGUGCUAGGUGUAGAUUGUUUCAGUCGUGCUGGUUUGAAGGAGUUUUGGGUGUACACCUGGCGUGAGAACGAUGAUAUCUUUUCCUAUCCUACCACCGACUAUCCCCUGACCAGAGGCAUCAAGGCGGAG